CUUCUCUUUUUAUCUUUUCUCCCAUGGGUGUCUUGGGGUUCAAUUUAUUGCCGAUUUCAGAAGCAGCGUCCCACAGCUGAACAGAAUAUAUCUAUGAUGAACAUAAACGCACAUAGAGUCUCUAUGAGUCCGGUUUCUCCGGUGGAAGCCUCGCCCCGUACAUCGACGACGCAACAUAGUAACAGCCGAGCUUCCAGUUCGCAUCGAAACUCUUCCCAAUCUGCAGCAUCAAUACAGGUCGUACAGCCUACCGCCCAACCGAUCGUACCGCCUCCAGAAGAUUCGAAAACAGACUGGAUUCCUUUUACGCUUCGCUGGUACGCUUUGCUGCUACCAAUCAUCACCAGUCUGAGCCUGAGUAUCAUACUGGCAAGUCUCACAUGGUAUUCCAGCACGAACUUUGGUAUUGGCAAAGAUGAUGGGUCCUCUUCUAUUUUGUUUGGAUGGCGCUUUACUCCAACACUGAUUGCCGUAUUAUACACACAAAGUAUAGCAAUUCUCUUCGAAGAUCUUAAACGGACCGAACCAUUCGCACGAUUGGCGAAACCUCCACCUGAAGGCGCGAGUGCUUAUGGCACAGUACUCCAAACCCCUAAAGCUUGGUGGGCUAUCCUCGCCGAUUUGACCUUCAGACGCAAGCGCCUCGGAAUGUCUAGUUGGGCGUUGGCAUGCAGUGCCAUCAUAUACACUAUAGCAUUGUUAACCAUAUCCCCAUUGUCCUCUGCCCUCUUGACUUCUCAAGAGAUUAGAGUUCCUCGAAAUAUCGAAUUCACGGGACUUACACCUGCCUUAGGCAAACAGUUCUCCAUGAACGCCACCAGAGAUGUCUAUUUCCGGACUAUUGCGGCAUUGACAAGAAAUAUCUCUACUUCUGCAUGGAUAUCCGAUACUUCUCUGACCUUGCCUUUCUGGCCAUCUUCGGAACAAUUGCAAAUGGGGUCGACCUUAUCAUCCGCUUAUGGAUCAUGGAAAGCCGAAACCACGAAUCUUGAGUUCGACUUCUCUUGUCAGGAAAUGACUUUGGAAAGGGCGGAGCUUCGAAAUCAGUUUUGGGUCGGCUAUGAAUACAAGACUAAGCUUAACGGAACAACACCAAUGGUCUCGUACGUCUUGACUACACCAGACAAAUGUAAAUACGAGCUUGAUGUACAUCCGGCAAUUGAAAUCGCUUACGAUGGCGGUGUCAUCUGGGCGAACACUACAUCUUAUCCCAUUGCGGGAGGUUUAAUCAAUCUCGAGAUGGCCAUAAUCAACGCCAACGUAUCGUUCGAAAGUCCCUACGUUCGUCUCAAGUCGUCGAACGAAUGUCAAAAUCGUGAAAUAAUUAUUGCCAGCACUCCUUGGACAUCGCCUGUCAACAGAUCGGUUAAUGAACCUUUCAUGCCAAAUGAUACUUAUGUUCAAUCGCCGGAUUUUCGCAUGAGAGCACUUUUAUGCGAGUCCGGUCUUAUCAGUACGAACAGAACCACCAAUAUCGAUAUGUAUCCUGGCUCUUUGAGCAGGGUCUAUCGUGACUCGGUCAAUGACACGAAUGGGGGGCUAACACCUGGAUUUGUCGACUACGCAAAGUUUCAAAAUCUCAGUCUCAUGCAUCACGAGUGGGAGCAAUAUGUGGACAACAGCGUUGUAUACAAUGCGGCAAAACUCGACGACAUGCCUUUCCCUGUGGACGGCGACUUCUCCGAAUGGGGAACACAAAAACAGCUGCCACAAAGACCGGCUUUUCUCGGGAUGGGGAUGCUACUUGGCCCAUCUGCGAAGUGGAAUCUGAGUACGAUUAUCGAAGACUCGGAAUUGAUGCAAAAGGCUACCAAGGUCAAGGGACGAUUUCUGAUGGAAAUCUUACGAAACUCGUUGACUGACUCCCAGCUUAUGCAGACUCGGACGACAUCAGGAGAAACUGUUGUCGUUGAGACACGAGUGCUUGUACUCAAAGAAAUUGGUAUCGCACUGAGUGUUUUAUUCGCUCUGUCAUUCGGCCUUCUGAUCGUCGUCUUGUGGUCAUCCCGUCUCUGUAGACGCCCACUCAAUCUUCCAACUGAUCCGGGAAGCACAGUUGGAAUGAGCCUUCUGCUCAAUCCUCGACUUACAUCUAUGAGCACUAUCAGAAAACUGCAUGGCACUCCUAAAGAGGGAAUUGUAUCCGCUUUGGAUAGUCAUAAAUACAUGACUGCUGGAUCCACAUUGUAUGAGAGCAGUAAUACAAACGCCUCAAAUUCUAUUAUCGCAACGAAAAAAAGCAAGCAAGUUGACUGGAGACCCCGUGUACUUCAUUUGAAGUACCUAUUCGCUUUAGGCCUCUUCCUUGCUUUGGUUGUGACUGCUCUCUUGAUACUUAUUACGUUAUCAUCUCGAUUUCAGCUUUAUCAGAAAGCCUUCGUUUAUGAAAAGGAUCUCUCGGAAUACGGACUAAGCAUUUCAGCAUUUGCUCCUAUCUCCAUUGCACCUACACUGAUUAGUAUUCUAAUCAGUCUAUGGUGGGACCAGGUCGACAUGACUUUUCGCCAUCUCCAACCAUACAUUUCCAUGUCGCGAGAGUCUGUACCCAUCUCUUCUAGUUCUGGUCUCAGUUAUCGCUCAAAGACGUGGUUCGGGACUACUAUCAAAGCAGUUCGACACCGCCAUUGGGCUCUAUUGUUUAUUUCGAUUGGCAGUAUACUCAGCCAGGUCUUAACCGUAUCCAUGUCAGCGAUGUUUGAGCGGAGGCCAUAUAACUCACCUAACAAUGUGGUUCUCAACAAAACGCUUGAAACCCGGCAACUGCCCCUCACAACUACAAUACGUAUCAAGGGCGAUAGUGAGUCGCAGUGGAGUUAUGAAGGGUACGAGCCAGAUAGGUUGAGAGGUAUUCUUCACGAGGACGUUCGUAGGGCUACCAUGCGACCCCUCUUUGCCGACACGUACAACAAUUGGCUCUAUGACGCACCAAUGAGAUUCGCUCUUAAUGGAUCUCAAAUCAGUUGGAGCCGAGAUGAAUGGAAUUUUGUCCCCAUCAGUCUUUCAACCAUUACCGCUGAAGGUUCAAAUAUACCGUCCACAGCUCAAAUCGCCCAAAUUCCUACCACGAACGUUACAUUCAGAACUACCGCGCUUCGAGCUCGGCUUGAAUGCUCGCCAGUCCACGAGAUCGCAAACCAAUCGUCCUGGCUCCAGCACUUGUCGGCACAGGCUAUAAAUGACACAAUAAUGGAAUCACAGUACGGCGUUGUGCCCGAUGAGCUUUCUGCAGGGUACCGAGUGCCCGAGACCAUAUUUGCUAAUACGACAUCCGCCACGACCCUUCUAAGCCACCAGAGAUGGAAUGUAUCAUGCUGCAUGAAUGGCACAUUCGCCGACCCCCAAAACGCUGUUCUAGCUUAUUGGUCACCCAUGGAGACCAACAACCAAACAGGGACCGAUCCAUACCGUUUGAAAGGGACCAAUCAAGACGUUCCUGCUUUCAUGACCAAGUGGAUAGUAGGUAAACCACGGUCCUUCCGUGAUAUCCGCGGCUAUGCAGCAGGGCCUGUGAUCUUCGAGCAGCCGCCCAAGUUACAGGCUGCGCGCUGCAAGCCUGUAAUUGAAUCGGCCGAGGCAGAAAUCUCGACGGAUGCAGCAAACGAAAUGGUUCACUCGUACGAGCUAUUGGGGCCCACGACAGUGGUGGACUCUGCCUGGCACGAGAACUAUGUACGGCACGACCUAAAUGACCCUGGAAAGCAUUUCGAUCGAAACUACACCGGGGAACUCAAUAUCACGACAUCGAUGGGGGUUCUGUUUAUGGACGCAUUGUUGACAGCUUCGAGUCUUGGUGACGGCCAAACCGAUUACGAGUCGAUGCGCAAUCAGUACUUCGUAUAUCGUGAAGAGCAGAAAGGUAUCAACAUGGAUUUGAUGUCGUACGCAAUGUACACGCUAGCGAACAACGACCCGGAAGCUUUGCUGGACUAUACAACUUUGACCGCCAAUGCCAACCGUACAUUCCAGACCUUCUUCCAGCAGUUUAUACACAACAGACUAUCCAUUGAUGAAGGUGGAGCCGGAUACCAGAAAAUAGCAGCCAACAUGAAUGAUAUUGGGCAAGCCGUGGACUAUGAUGGCACCGCGCUACCCAAUACACUGUACCAAGGUCUCAACACCAAUCGCACCGCCGAGGCAGUGGUAUACCAUCGGAUCCAAGUGCUUCACUUGAGCGAGUUAGCUACAUACCUUGCCGUGUCAAUCAUCAUAUGGCUCAUGGCUACAACGGCGACGGUUGCGCUGUUGCAGCGCAGAUAUAUGAGCACUCUGCUGCGCAACGUGGAAUUGAUAGCUGACGUGCUGGUGCUCGUGGCGGGCAGUGACAACUUUCUGGAACUGGUGCAGGAGAAGGGAGUGUCUCUGAAGAAAAACAAGAAGAUAAUGACGAGGCUGGGAUGGUUCAAAGGAAGAGACGGAGAAGUCAGAUGGGGCGUGGAGGUUGUUGGAGGAAGAAACGCAGUGGAAUGGGUAGAUGCGCCCAUGAAGAGAUUUUCGUAAAGUUUCGCCG